AUGAAGGUCUCAGCCUACCUUCUUAUUAUCUCUCUUCUGUUUUCCUCAUUCUCAUCCUUUUCUUUGGCUUUAACUGAUGCUGAGGCAUCCUACAUUGUGCAUAGACAACUUCUAGACCUUUCGCAGAUCAAAGAUGAGUCUGCCUAUAACUUUGAUGCUAGCUUAGCUUUUGAAAACUCAAGGCUCAAGAGAGCUUAUAUUGCUCUUCAAGCAUGGAAAAAAGCUAUGUACUCUGACCCCUUUAACACAACUGGAAAUUGGGUUGGUGCUAAUGUGUGUGCCUAUAAUGGUAUACUCUGUUCACCGGCACGCGAUAAUCCCAAAUUGAAAGUUGUUUCUGGUGUCCAUCUUAACAAUGCUGACAUAGCUGGGUACUUUCCGGUUGAGCUCGCGCUCUUGACUGAUCUCACCACAUUCCACAUAAACACUAACCGGUUUUGUGGAAUCAUCCCCGAUAGUUUCUCCAAGCUGCAACAUUUGGAAGAGCUUGAUAUCAAUAACAACCGCUUCGUUGGUAAAUUUCCAAAUUUUGUCCUAGAGUUGAAUCACCUUUUUAACCUUGACAUUAGAAACAAUAAUUUCGAAGGGCCAAUUCCAGCAAAACUCUUCAAAAAGAAUAUUGAUGUUUUACUCUUGACAAACAAUAAUUUCACAUCCAAAAUCCCUGAUGAAUGUGAAUGGAAGUGUGGAAAAAUAUCCCCUCCUCCAACACCAUUAAAUAGUUAUACUCCACCUCCCACAUCCAAGCCACCAACAUCAACUCCGCCAACACCUACAUCCCAAGCAUCACCUCCUCCGACUCCAUCAAAGAGUUAUACUCCACCUCCCAUAUCAAAGCCACCAACUUCAACUCCACCAACCCCUUCAGCCCAAGCAUCACCUCCUCUGACACCAUCAAAGAGUCAUACUCCACCUCCCACAUCCAAGCCACCCACAUCAACUCCACCAACCCCUUCAUCCCAUCCAUCACCUCCUCCGACGCCAUCAACAAGUGAUAUUCCACCUCCCACAUCAAAGCCACCAACAUCAACUCCGCCAACCCCUUCAUCCCAAGAAUUACCUCCUCCGACACCAUCAAAGAGUUAUACUCCACCUCCCACAUCCAAGCCACCAACAUCAACUCCACCAACCUUUUCAUCCCAUGCAUCACCUCCUCCGACGCCAUCAACAAGUUAUAUUCCACCUCCCACAUCAAAGCCACCAACAUCAACUACACCAACCCCUUCAACCCAAGCAUCACCUCCUCCGACACCGUCAACGGGUUAUAGUCCACCUCCCACAUCAAAGCCACCAACAUCAACUCCGCCAACCCCUUCAUCCCAAGCAUCACCUCCUCCGACACCAUCAACGGGUUACAUUCCACCUCCAACAUCAAAGCCCCCAACAUCAACUCCACCAACUCCUUCAUCCGAAGCAUCACCUCCUCCGACACCAUCAAAUCCACCAGCCCCUUCAUCCCAAUCAUCACCUCCUCCGACGCCAUCAACAAGCUAUACUCCACCUCCCACGUCUAAGCCACCAUCAUCAACUCCACCAACUCCUUCAUCCCAAGCCUCACCUCCUCCAACUCCAUCCAAGAGUUAUACCCCGCCGCCCACUUCAACUCCACCAAGCCCUUCAUCCAAAGUAUCUCCUCCACCAGAAGAUGAAAAAACUUAUAUUCCACCUCCCACUUCCAAGCCACCAACUUCAACUCAACCAAGCCCUUCAAAACAACCAUCACCUCCUCCUCAAGAAUACAACACUUAUACUCCACCUUCCACAUCCAAGCCACCAUCAUCAACUCCACCAACUCCAUCAUCCCAAGCCUCACCUCCACCGCCCACAUCAACUCCACCAACAUUAACUCCGCCAACCCCUACAUCCCAAGCAUCACCUCCACCAACACCAUCAACGAGUUAUACUCCACCUCUCACAUCUAAGCCCUCAACAUCAACUCCGCCAACUCCUUCACCCCAAGUAUCACCACCUCUAACACCAUCAAAGACUUAUACAACCCCUUCCACAUCAAAACCGCCAACAUCAACUCCGUCAACCCCUUCAUCCCAAUCGUCACCUCCUUCGACACCAUCAAAGACUUAUACUCCUCCUCCUAUUUCUAGUCCACCAAGUCACACACCAAAGCCAUCCCCUAUCCCAACUCCAUCUUUGACACCAGUUUCGUCUCCUCCAAAACCUACCAAAAUGUCUCCUGGCCCAACUCCAAAACAAACACCAGUUUCAGUUCCUCCUAAACCUGAUAAAGCAUCUCUAGGCCCAGCUCCGACAAGAACGCCAAUUUCGACUCCUCCUAAACCAGGGAAAGCAUCUCCAAGCCCAACUCCAACUCGCACACCAGUUUCGGCUCCACCUAAACCUGGCAAAGCAUCUCCAGGCCCCGCUCCGACUCGAACACUAGUUUCGGCUCCUCCUAAACCUAGCAAAGCAUCUCCAGGCCCAUCUCCAACUCAAACGCCAAAUUCGGCUCCUCCUAAACCUGGGAAAGCAUCUCCAGGCCCAACUCCAACUCGAACACCCGUUUCAUCUCCCCCUAAACCUGUCAACGCAUCUCCAGGACCAUCUCCGGCUCGAACACCAAUUCAGCCUCCACAGAAACCUCCUAAGCCAUCUCCCGUCCCAACGCCAACUUUAACACCAGUUUCUGCUCCUCCUAAACAAUCUCCAGUCCCAACUCCAGCUCCCAAACUAAGUUAUCAACCUCCAAAACCAUCCCCAGUCCCAGCUUCUACUAAAACACCAAGUUCUCCCCAGAAACCUCCUAAGCAGUCUCCUAUCCCGACUCCGGCUCCAAAAUUAAGUUUCCCACCUCAAAAACCUCCUCAGCCAUCCCUAGUCCCAGCUCCUGCUAGAACACCAAGUUCCCCCCAAAAGCCUCAUAAGCCAUCUCCAGUUUCAACACCACCUAAUUCGUCUCCAGACCCGACUCCUGCUCGAACACCAGUUUCUCCACCUCAGAAACCUCCUAAGACAUCUCCAAUCCCGACUCCGACUCAUACACCAGUUUUAGCACCUCCUAAAUCGUCUCCAGUCCCAACCCCAACUCGAACACCAAAUUCUCCACCUCAAAAACCUCCUAAGCCAUCUCCAAUCCCCGCUCCGAUUCAAACACCAAUUUCAGCUCCUCCUAAACCGUCUCGAAUCCCAACUCCAACUCAAAUACCAAGUUCACCUCAGAAACCUCCUAAGCCAUCUCUAGCCCCAACUCCAGGUUUGACACCAAUUUCUGCACCUCCUAAACCCACUAAGCCAUCUCCAGUCCUAACUCCAAUUUCUACACCGGUUUCAGCUCCUCCUAAGUCAUCUCCUAUCCUACCACCGAUUCAAUCGCAUCCACCAGCACCAACUUCUACACCAGUUUCAACUCCUCCUAAACCAUUUCCUAUCCCACCACCAGUUCAAUCACAUCCACCAGUUUUAGCUCCUCCUAAGACAUCUCCUAUCCCACCAUCGGUGCAAUCGCAUCCACCAGCACCAACACCUGCACGAUCUUUAACUCCUCCUCCUACUCACGCGGUCUCUUUACCACCGCCAGGAAACGAUGACUUCAUUCUCCCACCAACCGUGGGCUUACAAUACUCUUCCCCACCUCCGCCAAUGUACCAAGGCUAUUAA